AUGUUAAUAAAAUUGCUGCUUUUAGCAAUAGUAAUGGAUUAGUGUACAAAUGAAACCAUUAAAGGGGAACAUCUUAAAAAAUAAUUCCUCUCUAAUUAAAUCAUAAAUUAAUAAGAUUCUUAUGAUGUCAACUAUUAAGAAGAUUAAAACAACGACAAAUAUGUGCUGUUUUACUUUCAUUAAUAUGCUAAUUUUGUAUUAUGGGGUAUUUUAGUGGAUAUAGGUAUAAUUGUUAAUAGAUAUGGAAUACUGUUAAAAAAUAAAAUUGAAAUUCAUGCAAUAAUAAUGAGCAUUGCUGUUUUACCAUCAAUAAUUGUAGAAUUAUUUAUGAUUAUUUCAGGAAAUACUCCUAAUUUAAAUGGUAAUUAAAAUUUGUAGGGAGUACAUUCAAUAAUUGGGUAUAUAUUUUUAGCAUUUAUAAUUUUAUAAACAAUAGGUGGAAUCAUAAUUAAAUUUGGUAUUCAAUCUGUAAAGACAUAAACUCAUCUAAAAAUUAAAUCUCUUUUACAUAUAAUUUUGGGAUACACUAUAUAUCUUCUUGGGAAAAUCUAAUUAGGUUUUGGUUAUUAUAUGACAUAUGCUGACUUGAAAUAUUAUGGGAAAGGUGAUAUCAUCUCCUUUUGGUGUGUAUACGCAUUUAUUUUUUUAUGGAGAAUCAUUUUUGAAAUAUUUUAUUAAAAAGGAUAAAUAUACUCAAUAUUCACGAAAAAUGAUAGAAAAUAGAAAGAACAUUCAAAAACACUUUAAGAAUCAUUGCUAGUUUAGUAUAUUGAAUAAAAUGGUAUACUAUAUUCCUUAUUAUUUAGAGUAAUCUCAAAUUUACAAUGAAUUUUAAAGUAAGCUUUGGUUGAUUUUUAAUAAUGAAAUAAUUGAUUUAACAGGUUUUUUUCAUCCAGGAGGAUAAUAUAUUUGGGAAAAAGCAAAAGGUCGAGAAGUAUCUAGAUUCAUAUAUGGUGGUUGUGGUUUAGAAGAUGGAACAGCCUAACAAUAUCCUCAUUCCAAAAAUGCUAUUACAUUAUUGAAAAAUCAUGUUAUUGGAUCUUUAAAUAAUAUUACAUUUGCUAUACCAAUCCAUGAAAAUACUAUAAAUAGUACUUAAUGGAAUCUUGCUACAAUAACAAAGUUAAAUGAUAAAACUAGUUAUUUUGGAUUUACUAAUUCUCAAUAUCAAAUAAUAUCUCAAUUUACUACAAUUCAUUCUUUUGGCAAAUAUUUUUAAAUAUAAUCUCUCAAAUCUACAAAAACUCCAAUCAGGUAAUAUACUUGUAUAAUUUCAAUGGCCCCUGAAAAUGUUGCUUACAGAAAGGAACUUGUGCAAUACAUAGAGACCAUUGUAACAACAUAAUAGUAAGCAAAAAUACCUUAAUAAACAAAGUACUUGUAAGAAUUGCCAUUAAUAAUAAAGUGUUAUGAAUCUAAAAAUGGUUUUUCAUAAUAUAUUCAUAAUCAUAAAGACGAAAUUUAUGAUAUUUAAGGACCAUAUGGACCACCACAUGGAAUACCUAACAGAGGAAAGAUUGUUAUUAUUUGUGGUGGAACUGGAAUAUUUCCAUUUUUAGAUUUAUUAGACUUUAUUUUGAAAACUAUUGUUUAUUAAAUUGCAUUAAAUAAGUUUGGCAAAUAAAUAGCUGAUAGUUUAAAUCCAUUUGAUUGUUAAUACAAUACUAAUAUUCAUAUUACUCUAUUUUUUGCAGCAGCCAAUAAAUAAGAAUUAUUAGGUACAGAUAUUCUAUUUCCUAUUAUUUAAUUAUAAAAAUUCUUAGAUAAAGAGUUUGUGAGAUUGAUAAUAAAGAUAAAAGAUAAAAUAGAAGGGAUUGAAACUGUUGAUGAAAGAUUCAGUAAAGGAAUGUUUGAUAAAUUCUUAGGCAAAAUUUUGGAUUAUCAAAGAUUCUUGAUUUGUGGGCCUCCACAAAUGUAAGCAUCAGUCCCAAAUAUCCUUAAAGAAAUGGGAGUUUAAAACCAACAUAUCCAUUUCAUCUGA